AUGGCCGAACCUAGCCCCACGACCUUCGGCCCCGCGCCCCUGCGAUCGGCCUUGAAGUCAGACGGCGAUGGUGACAGAACUCCUCCUACCAGUGGUACUCUCAAAGCUGUGCAAAUUGCCGAGCCGGUGCCUGACUUGGACGAGGAGUGCCAAGCUACGAAGACCUUUCGCGCAGGAACAAGCCGCCGACUCAGCGGCAAGCCAGCAUCUUGCAGAUCUUCAAUUAGCGAAGGCUCACCAGCUAUGUGGCCCGCCGAUGAUUCUACGCAUUCUUCUAGUCAACAAUCCUCUCAGAAGCACCAGUAUUGCGCUGAAAAGCUGCUUGCUCAAGUUUCAGACUGGUUGGAACACGAAAAGCGAAAGAAGGCUGCCGCCCGCAAGCCCAAGUCUCACCGGCGCAAGUCCAAGUCGCCGCCUGAUCAAGGAGACCGGGCGGCUCCCACACCACCAAGUCGUGAGAGAUCAGAUUCAGUCGACUCUCAAUGCAGUGAUGUGUCUUUCGAAAAGCUUGAACACAUUUUGCAAGAAUCUCUGGCCGCGCUUGGUCUGAGCUCAGUUCCCCAACACCCACCCAAACUUUCCCGUCGACGACGUGCCAAUUCCAGGACCCUUGCGCAGCGCACGGCCUCGUCCGACACUGAUUAUGUUGACGGAGAUGCCAUUGUACCAAGCUGUGACGCCUGGCUGGACAACUCCAAAACUCUCAGCUACACUGGUGGCGCAGCAAACGAAAAUGACCCAGAAGAGGGCAAGGUGGACAAAGAAAACGAUCCUUGGCUGAUCUUUAAGAACGAAAUUAUUCGCAUUGCCCAUACGCUGAAACUCAAGGGAUGGAGACGGAUCUCGUUGGGGAGCGGUGACAGCAUUACCGUGGAACGACUGAGCGGCGCGCUGACCAAUGCGGUUUAUGUUGUAACGCCACCAUCGGAUCUUGAUGAAGUCGAUGGCAAAAAGCCCCCUCCCAAAGUGCUUCUCCGAAUUUAUGGCCCCCAGGUGGAACAUCUGAUUGACCGUGAAAACGAGUUGAAGGUGCUUCAGCGUCUGGCACGCAAGAAGAUUGGUCCUCGGUUGUUGGGAACGUUCCAAAAUGGCCGUUUUGAGCAGUUCUUCAACGCCAUUACACUAACGCCUGCUCAUUUGCGUGAGCAAGACACCACCAAGUCGAUUGCCAAACGAAUGCGUGAGCUUCACGAUGGUAUUGAACUCCUUCCGCUUGAGCGGGAUGGGGGUCCAGCAGUGUGGAAGAAUUGGGACCAGUGGCUGGAGAACGUAGCCAAAAUUAUUACCUACCUCGACAAGCAAUACGAGAGCACGCCGCCACCUCCGGCCAAGUCUGACUCCGUCGUCCACGCAUGGAAGGCCAAUGGCUAUGUUUGUGGAGUUCCUUGGGAGCAGUUCUUGGGCAUGGUGACAAAGUAUCGAGCGCAUGUGGUAACUCGCUACAAGACUUUGAAAGCAAUCAAGGAAAGAUUGGUAUUCGCACACAACGAUACACAAUACGGCAACAUUCUGCGCAUCAAGCCGGACGACGAAAAGUCGCCGCUUCUUCAGGCCGCAAACAAGCACAAACAGCUGGUCGUCAUUGACUUUGAAUAUGCUGCCGCCAAUGUACCCGGCCUUGAGUUUGCCAAUCACUUUACCGAAUGGACAUACAACUACCACGACCCGGUCUACUCCCACGCCUGUAGCCAUGAACGAUACCCAACGCCUGAAGAGCAGCGACGGUUCAUCAAGGCUUAUGUUGACCAUCGGCCUCAGUUUCCUGCCGCCAGCUCUACUCCACGUAUGAAGGCGCAAGAUAGCGGUCCGGGGACACCAUCCCUCAACCCCACAGCCUCAUCCAGCUCCAUUGUCGACUUCAUGCUUGAUGCCCGCGUUCCUCCUGGCGGAUGGAGCGCCGCGGAGCGUGCUCGAGAGGAGCAGAGUGAUUUGCAAGUACGUGAGCUCGUGGAGGAGACGCGUCUAUGGAGACCAGUGAACAGCGCAAUGUGGAUUGCAUGGGGUAUCGUACAAGCUAAGGUCCCCGGACUGGAUUGCAACAACGAGCCUGCAUCUGAGGAGGAGGCUAUCAAAGCUGAGCAGGAACUUGGACCCGACGAAUUCGACUACUUGAGCUAUGCCCAAGACCGAGCGUUGUUCUUCUGGGGUGACUGCGUGCAGCUGGGGCUGGCCAAGGCAGAGGAUCUCCCAGAGAAGCUGAGAUCAAGGUUGAAGAUGAUUGAUUAUUAG